AUGUCCCACGGAAAGCAGUUCACAUUGUACACCCAUAAGAGUGGUCCGAACGGAUGGAAGGUGGCAUUGGUGUUGGAAGAGCUCGGCCUGACAUACGAGUCCAUCUACUUCGACUUCAAGAAAGGAGAGCACAAGGCUCCUGAAUACACGAAACACAACCCGAACGGGCGUAUCCCGACCAUCAUCGACCACAAGAACAACGACUACAUCUUGUGGUGUGUAUUCUCGUUCUUCUGA